AUGUGGUUCUUUGAAACUGGAAGGGGAGAUUGCGGUUGGUCUUAUAUACUUCACCAAAGACUCUCCCGAAGUGAUACUAACGUCUACGAAGCUGCUCCAACAGGAGCAUCAAGCAGGCGGCGACGUUUGCCAAGAAGGCCCAAGCUUUGUUCGAGAAAUUCGGCAGUGAAAACGAGAUGUGUGGCUGUGACGACUGUGCUUCGACCGAGACCGAUGCUAAACUAA